AUGUUGUUCAUCCAGAAGGAUGAGAUGAUUGACAUCAUUAGUGUAACCAAAGGUAAAGGUUAUGAAGGUGUAGUAACUCGUUGGGGUGUAACAGGUCUUCCUCGCAAAACUCAUAGGGGUCUACAUAAGUGUACUUGUAUCAAUGCCUGGCAGCCUGCUAGGGUUUCAUUCGCAGUGGCUUGUGCUUGUCAAAGUGGAAACAUUUUGGAAAUGGAUUUUGAGCCAUUUACUACUAUAACUCCUCCGAAGUCUCUUUCUCACUCCAUUGGUAAUGGUUUGGAGUUUCUUACUCGCCACAUAAUUGCUUCGACAAUGUUCUAUGACAAGGAGAUUACCAAGUGCCUCGUUGACUUUCUCAGACACCAUAAAUACAAAGGAAAGAAGGAAUCCAAACUUGUCCUGAAAAAAGCAGAGGAAUAUCUGUGCACCCUGAAUCCAGAAACUCCGUACUCCAAUUUUGAAUCCAAGGUUGAAAAGAUUGGCUUGUUAAGAGUGUAG